CGCGGCGCGACGGGGCAGCAACCGCCUGGCCCAACCGUACUUGGGCCAUCUGUGGAGAGGGCCCACGUACCUGGGCGUCCGGGAGCUUCUGACGCGCGCGCGGCUCCUCCGCCUCGGCUUCCCCGGUGCUGAGACUGGACAAGGCCACAUGGAGUGACUCGUUCACAGCUCACUGCAGGCUCCACCUCUUGGAUUCAAGCGAUCCUCUUGCCUCAGCCUCCGAGUAGCUAGGACUACAGGCACGCGUCAACAUGGCAUAGAGACGAAGUUGCUCUGCGUUGCCCAGGCUGGUCUGGAACUCCUGGACUUAAGCGAUCUUCCCACCUCAGACUCCAAAACUGCUGGGAUUACAGGGGGGUGAGCCACCACGCCUGACCUUACCUUUUUUUUUUUUUUUGGUAAGAGAAUAAAUAGCAAGACCAGAAAUACGGAAAACACACAAAGACCCUUCAGCUGCAAACAACAGCUUCCUUGGUAGUUUAUGCAGCCUGUUUCUUGUAUGGGCUGCUCUAAGGGACCAUGGAGACAGGCCUUUCAGAUGUAUGUUCAUGUCUCUGACCUUGCACUACGCCAAUGUAGGCUCCAGGCAGAUAUUCGAGGUGCCUUUGGAAAGCUCCAGGGCACUGUGGCCAGGAUUCACAUUGGCCAAGUUAUCAUGUCCAUCUGCAACAAGCUGCAGAAUAAGGAGCAUGUGAUUCAAGCCCUGCUCAGGGCCAAGUUCAAGUUCCCUGGCUGCCAGAAGAUCCACAUCUCAAAGAAGUGGGGCUUCACCAAGUUCAAUGCAGAUGAAUUUGAAGACAUGGUGGCUGAGAAGCGGCUCAUCGCAGAUGACUGUGGGUUCAAGUACAUCCCCAUCAUGGCCCUCUGGACAAGUGGUGUGCCCUGCCCUCGUAAGGGCUUCCACUGUGCUGCCCCCUCUUAAUACUCACCAAUAAAUCCUACUUCCUGUCCACCAAAAACAAACAAAAAAAACCCUUCGGAAUUUUGAUUCAUUCUAUUUGAUUGUUGCUGUUGCUUUACUAGAAAUCAGUAUUAAAAGUUUUCUCUGUCCGGGGGUGGUUGCUCACACCUGUAAUCCCAGCGUUUUGGGAAGUCAAGGCGGGCAGAUCACCUGAGGUCGGGAGUUCGAGACCAGCCUGACCAACAUGGAAAAACCCCAUCUCUACUAAAAAUACAAAAUUAGCCGGGUGUGGUGGCACAUGCCUGUAAUCCCAGCUACUCAGGAGGUUGAGGCAGGAGAAUCGCUUGAACCCAGGAGGUGGAGGUUGUGGUGAGCCGAGAUCUCGCCAUUGCACUGCAGCCUGGGUGACAGAGCGAGACUGCAGCCUGGGUGACAGAGCGAGACUCCAUCUCAAAAAAAAAGUAUUCCCUGAAUGAAAUUUGCUGUAUACUAAUUAUUACCUAGCCAGGAAAAUAAGUAGCCGUAUUUUUUGUGUUAUUUACACUGACAAACAAAAAUAAAACAUUGUAUAG